CCGGGGAUCCCCCGGGGGGCUCCUGCUCUGGCGGCCGCACUUGGAGCCCGACGGCCUGCGGAGGCAAGAAGCUGCUCAACAAGUGCGCCGCCUCGGCGGCGGAGGAGAGCGGGGCCGGCAAGAAGGACAAGGUGACCAUCGCCGAUGACUACUCGGACCCCUUCGAUGCUAAGAAUGAUCUCAAGAACAAGGCGGGAAAGGGAGAGAGUGCCGGCUACAUGGAGCCCUACGAGGCACAGAGGAUCAUGACAGAAUUCCAGAGGCAGGAAAGUGUCCGGUCCCAGCACAGAGGCAUCCAGUUAUAUGACACCCCUUAUGAACCUGAGGGCCAAAGCGUGGACUCGGACUCAGAGGGCACAGUCAGCCCUCGGCUGCGGGAAAGCAAGCUGCCCCAGGAUGACGACAGGCCUGCCGAUGAGUACGACCAGCCCUGGGAGUGGAACCGGGUCACCAUCCCAGCUCUGGCAGCCCAGUUUAACGGCAACGAGAAGCGGCAGUCAUCCCCCUCGCCCUCACGGGACCGGCGACGCCAGCUUCGUGCUCCAGGAGGAGGCUUCAAGCCUAUCAAACAUGGGAGCCCCGAGUUCUGUGGGAUCUUGGGAGAAAGAGUGGACCCUGCCGUCCCACUGGAGAAGCAAAUAUGGUAUCAUGGAGCCAUCAGCAGAGGAGAUGCCGAGAACCUGCUCCGACUCUGUAAGGAGUGCAGCUACCUUGUCCGGAACAGCCAGACCAGCAAGCACGACUACUCCCUCUCCCUGAAGAGCAACCAGGGCUUUAUGCACAUGAAACUGGCCAAAACCAAAGAGAAGUACAUUCUGGGUCAGAACAGCCCCCCGUUUGACAGCGUCCCGGAAGUCAUCCACUACUACACCACCAGAAAGCUCCCCAUCAAAGGGGCCGAGCACUUGUCCCUCCUCUACCCAGUGGCUGUGCGGACCCUGUGAGCAGCCCGGCCCGGCCCUGCUCGGGGACCGAGCCUGAGAGCCGGCCGCGUCCAGUUCGUGUCGUGCGUAUGGUACUAGCACACCACUGCAUGUCUCUAGAGUGCUGUUGCCACCUCUGGGGGCUGGAGAAGGCCUGGGUAAAGACCGAGGGACGCCUGCACACCCUCCAGCCCCCACCCCCACCCCCUCCUUGAGUUGCUGUGAAUUAAAAUAUUUGCAAAUCCAAAGAGAUGCCUUCCAGGACGGAUGGAGGCGGGGCAGCCCGGCGGGGCGGGACGGGGCGGGGCGGGGGCUCCCUGGGCUGCAUCUCUUUGUUCUCCGGCCUUCGAAUUCACACCUGUGCCAGGGGCCGAGUUUUCCCACGGGCCCCAAGGCUGCUGGGAGCCGAAUGCUGGUGCUAUGAGAGCCCAGGAGGCCCGGGGUCCUACCCACUGUGGUAUGCGUGUGUGUGUGUGUGUGUGUGUGUGUGUCCCUGUGUGAGGGUGCGUGUGAGCACAUACAUGAGAACGUGGUCACGCAGACGAAUAAGCCGCUAUGUGUAGUCACCCAGUGUAAUCAUUAGGAGAGCUUCCAGGAAUCAUUGUGCAGUCAAAAAAAGGAUUCAAUUAUUUAUGAAUAGGGUGUGUAAAUAAAAUAGUCAUUUAAUAUAUAGUCUUCUCCCUUCUGUUAUAUACCACAGGGGGUCCUGAAGGGGCACUGAUCCCACCGCAAGGCAUGCCACCUGGGCCUGUGGAUACCAAGGCCUGGAGGUGGGGUGGGCGGGGCAGUGGUCCCAGUGCAGCAGGCCCUGGGCACCUGAGCUGGGCAUACUGGGACCUGGGCAGAGCAGCAGGCAGACCCGUGAUCAGCUCUGGCAGUGGAGGGUCAGGAGCCUGAAACACAGCCAGCAAUCGGGCAUUCGCUCUGCCUGCAGGAAGGCUUGCUAACCCCCGGGGCACAGUACCGGGCAACUGGGGGGGGGGUGGUCAGGAGCCUCGAACACAGCCAGCAACCGGGCGUUCACUCUGCAUGCAGGCAGGCUGUGCUAACCCCCCGGGCACAGCACCGGGCAACGGCAGGACUCCUCCUGUUAGCUGCCCAGCGCCGCCCUAGGAAGCAUCUACCCUGUGAGGCAGGGGUGGCUCGGAGGAGUCCCUUGUGUGAGUCGCACCGCUCCCAGCAGCAGGGCAGACUUCGCAGCCACAGCCAGUGCCCUUUCCCUGGCUCUGCAUGGCCAGGCUCACCCUGGUCCUCGGGGAGGGCGGCAUCCCUACCUGUCAGGGACCCAGCAGGUCUCUCGUCAUCCACGUCGCCCCCACACAGAUAAAAACACCCAUAUGCUGGCAUGUGUGUACACGGCCACUCUCACCCUGCCCAUGACAGGAGCAGGGGCUCUUCCCUCUGGCUGGCAUCUACCACAGGAGCAGCCAGGCCCCACGCCAUCCUGCCUGCCCGGCUGGUCCAGUGGCCUGGGAGCUGGUGGCUGUCAUCCCAGUACAUGUGGGAGGAGCACGAGCAGCGAGUCUGGUCGUUAGCAGUAGGACACUCAGCUGCCCGGUUCAAGCCCACCGUGGUGACAAGGCCAGGGAGGAGGACUCGGGCCACCUGUAGACCUGGGCAGGACAGGACUAAAUGGCCUGUUCCUACAGGUGGCCACAGGGAUCUCAGUGGUCUGUGGCCAAAGCUGUUCCCUUGGUGACCUUUCAUGCCCAGUCCACCUCUUAGUCAUCCUCCCACAUCCUUGAUUGUUGGUCCAGGCUUCCCCGGCCGACCAUCAUUGCCACAUGGGCUGUGGCCUGGGUCCAGUCUUCAAAGAAGUCAGUCCCGCCUCUUGGUCUGGUUUGUACUUUCCAAAACAUUCUGCGAGCCAAGGGAGCAAGGAGUACCUGGGGGUGUCCCUUUGUUUGGGGGUGGGGAGCAAGCAGUGAACGAGAAAUGAGAGGGGCUGGCACUUGUCCAGGCAGAGGUGAACCCAAGGGAGCCCGUGAGAGAUGGAGGGCUUGGGGAGGCCACUCCCUGGGCCACGGGGGAAUGGUGAGGCCUCACUGGGCACGUUGGGAUUGGCCCACAGUGCAAGGCCUUUCUCUGUACAUGAUCUUCCAGAGCAAUUUUCCCCUCUGAAAAGGCUCUGUUGGGGGCCAAGCCGGGCUGCUUCCCCCUGGCGUUGCCUUCGCUCGCAUCCCAGCCUUCAUCUCGCUGAAGUCUCCCUGGGAAAUCCAACCUCCAGCUUCCCGUAGGGACCACAGCCUUCGAGGAGC